UAUUCGGAACUUGUCGGAAAUCUCUCGCGUCAGUGGUCAGUCCACAAACGACCUCCGUUCCCGUCGUCUGAUGUGACAAAAGGCAUUAUUUAGCUAAUUUUCCAGAAUCUGGGUGCAAUUCUAUUGAAAAUAGUGAUUAAAUUUCAAGUUAUUUGCAUAACAAGUUUUGUGACAAUGUGCAUAAUUGAUUAGUUUUCAUCUCGUCAGUGUAUCAAAAGGAUUAAUGUCGAGAUGGAAUGCGAUGGAAAUACGGAGACAGGAAAGUGGCACUGAACGACGGAUUCGCUUUUAGAAAAGCGAUGUCGAGAAAAUUUCGUCGAGGUUCACCACGUCUACCUCAUCUUCUCCUCCGUCGUCGUCUUUUUGGCCUUCUCUGUUCAGCACAAGCGAGUCUAAGGUCGUGAGGUCAAAGUCUAUACAUAAUAUUGUCGAUUCAUAAAACGGCCGUCAAGUUCCUAUUUCUCUGAUGUUGUGGUGGGUCAUCACCAAGCAUUUAUAAGUCGAUAAAACGCAUCCUUGAGCCACUGAGAAAGGAAAUAGAAAGAAAGAAAAAAGAGAACCCUUUUAAGGGCCACUGACCUGCAAAAGAAAACAAGAAAUAGUUUUUAAAAGGGGGUACAUACAAUUUUUUUUCCUUUUUGUUCCUUUUUUUUUCUUCUUCAUCUUCUUCUUUAUGUUAUAUUUCUUCAAGGAAAAAUUAUUGUUUUCCGAAAAGUGAAGUGCCUGGAGAGCUCAAGAGCUCCGAAAGCGCGAUCAAAGUGAAGUGUCCGGGGCUGAGUGAAAUGGCAUUCAUGAUGAAAAAGAAGAAGUAUAAAUUUUCCGUGGAAAUUGUUCUCGAGGAGCUAACUGCUGUGCCUUUCGUCAGUGCUGUACUCUUUGCUAAACUUCGACUCCUGGAUGGCUCCUUCACCGAUAAUUCCACAAGAAUGGAAGUGCAGGACCAUACUGUUAGAUGGAAUGCAAAAUUUGACUUUCUUUGUAAAAUGAGUGCGAAUGCAUCGACUGGAGUUUUAGACCCCUGUAAUCUAAGGAUAUCAGUUAGAAAGGAAUUGAAGGGCGGCAGAUCGUAUCAAAAACUCGGUUUCUGCGACUUAAAUCUUGCCGAAUUCGCUGGAGCUGGUCUCUGUCGAAGAAGGUGUCUCUUGGAAGGUUAUGACGCAAGACAUCGUCAGGAUAAUUCUAUGCUGCGUGUCUCUAUCAAAAUGAACAUGGUUUCCGGGGACAUUCUCUUUAAAGUACCGUCGCCAUCGUUGAAACAAACGCAAUUGGCAGUGCCGGGUGUUCCUGGAAUUCCUGGAGUUACUGCCGACGAAGUCAUUUCAGCUGACAGAUGUAGUAAUCGGGAGGAUUACGUAUCCACUGGUUCUUUAGCAGAAUUACUGAGCGGGACGGAGCUGUACGAUCCCAUGACACUGAGCGAGGUCAUUCCUUCAGUUCUUCCUGUAGAAGCUUCGACGGAGACUCAAGUUGAAUCUGGACACUCGAGAAAUAGCAGCAAUACGAGUCAGUUGAGCAAAGGCUCCGGCUAUGGUUCCUUGAAUUCUCACAGUCAGCACAGUAGACAAAGUAGUAGUGGUGACAGUGGUCAUAUUAGGUCACCUUCUUGGCCGGUUUGGGCUCCACGCCUCCCGACCCUCUCCCAAACUCAAAGUUACGAAGCCAACAAUGUCGAGUCUCCCAACAAUCCUAUAUCACCAAUGCCCAAUAUGUCCUUAGCCAUAAUGGAUUCACCAAAUCAGUUUUGGCCCACGUCGAGUCCCCUUACUUCCAAGAAGCAAGGCGAUCGACAGCAAAAUCAUCGUUCAUCGAAAAUUAAGACUCUUAUUCUCGCGAAUCAUCAUGAGAAAACUAAACCGGUGAAAAAUGGAAUUUCAGUAAUUAAUAAUAUAACGAGAAAUAAUGUUUCGAGUGGUGGUAUUUUUAAAGUGCCUAUUGUCACCACUGCCCAUGACUUGCCACGUAAUUCCACGACGCGAAAAUAUGAGAAAAAUAAUUUUAACAUAACGCAAAAUGAUUAUAAUAAAAAUGGAGUUAAAUUGUCGGGACCAAAGCCAAAAAUCAGUCAACCAAGUUGGCGUGGCUUUUCGAAAACAUGCGAUUUCAUUGAUAAUAAGGGAAAGACGAGUCCUGUUUUACGAUUGGCCGAACAGGCCAGAGCUGUUUCCUCUCCUGAUCCACUUCACAGACCCGAUAAUCCUAGAGCCUCGACAUUAUCUGCGGCCACGACUCAGACCUUCAGGGGCAUUGGCGGAGGUCACCGGAAGUUGCUGGACGGAGCGGGAGGCAAGUUAGCCACGGUCGCCACCAGCCCAGACUCAGAGGAGUCUUCGUUAGCAGUUCCAGAAGUCGCGAUUGCCAAUGCGCAGCAACGAAACAGCAUUACCCCACCGAAUCCUUCGGGUGGUUCUGGACUCAGUGAGACUGGGUCUUUAGAUCGAGCAAAAGCGGCGCUCGAACGGCGAAAAAAGGCUGAAGAUAGUACGGGAAAUCCAAUUUUGUGCAGGGUUGAGGUCACGAGACCAAAUCCUGAUUCAUUAAUAGACGAAUUGCUGAAAGCAACGAAUCUUGAACAGUCGUCCUUGGAGAGUAAAGAGACAUCGGGACUACAAUUAUUUAUAACAAAGGAUGGACGAACAGCGCUAGGGACACACGAAGUCAAGAACCAAAUGCCAGGAGGCUUUAAGCAAGUGGUCAUGGAAGAAAACAACAGGUAACACGAAGUUACGAUGUCACGUCGACAUUAUCCAAGACAAACCUCCUCUGCGUUCUCAUUAGCGCUAGUACCAGAGCUCGUUUACGAAGCUUGCGAGCCACGGUAGUAAAAAAUGGGAACGACGCACUAAAGCUGAAAAAAAGAAAGAAAAGAAAAAAAAUUCAUUUAGACUUCGACUCAAAUGACGCCACUUGUUAAAUAUUUUAGACUAUAGCCCAUGCGGUAUUUGGCUUUUUCUCAAACUGGCCUCACUUUUUGCUUCUCAUAUUCACUUGUUCUCAAGAAAAAGGAAAAAGAAAUGCAUUUAUACUUUUCCAUAAAUAAGAAACUCGUCUCUUAUUUUUACGAAAUAGGAAAAUAGUUUUCAUCGAAAAAGGUUUCCACAAAAAAAGUGACAGAAAUAAUGGACCAUAGACAGUAUUCGAAUAAUGUGUUCAGUUAAAUUCAGUUUCGAAUUUAACAAAUUUAGCUUGAAUCUUUUGAACGGUUUCAGUUUUUUCCAAUGAAUUUCAAUUUUCAAUUUAUAAUUUAGAAUUUAGAUUUUUUUUAUAAAUUUUUCUAAAUUAGUUUAAAUUUAAAUUAAUUAGUUUUUUGUGAAUUAGUCGCGAAUUUUUCUAAAGUUUAUAGUUUACAUUCAAAUUAAAAAUAAAAUAUACUUUUUUUUAGUGUUGAAUACGAUUUUCAGAAGUGAGGUUUCGUUUAAAUUUCCACAACGAAGCUUCAUCGAUGCUUAAAAAAAAGGCUCGUAAUAAAAAAAACAGACUAACAAAUUGGCGUAGAGAGUCGAAAGUCAGUUUUUUUUCCUGUUAAUGGAGUAAAAGAAAAAAAUGGAAAUAAUAAUAAAUCAUGUAAAUACGAAAAAAAAGCAGAAAAAUGAUAAAUACUGCUUUUAGUUAGAAAAACAAAAAAAAAAUCCCAUGACGUGAGAGACACGCAUAUACCUAUUUUCUUCCGCGAAAUCGAAGCACAAGAAUUUUCGUUGUGCUUCUAAUAAUGGAGCAUUAGUCAAUAAUUAGUCGAGAUAUUAAAACUGUUAAUGAGAGAUGAUUAGUUAUUCAAAAAAAAGAAAAGAAAAUUAACGAAUCACGACGUGGUCGGAUGUAAAAGAAACUUAUAAAGACGUUAACUAAUGUCGAUGCUGCGAGUGCACCAACAUUUUUCUUUCCUAAUUUUUUAUUUUUAAUUCUCGCACUCACGAAGAAAAUUUUCUUCGUUUUUUUUAUUUUUAAUGAAAUAGUUUUUUUUCAAUUCUUUGAAUUAAAUUCAGGGUUGCCACAAAAAAUUAAUUUUGUUUUUCCCUGACUUUUCCCUGAUUUCUAGAUAAAAUUUUCACUUUUUACCUGAAACCAAAAGAAUAUUCUUGAUUUGACAACAUUUUUAUCACGAAUUCAAUUACAUUCUCACAAAUAAUGAAAUUCUUCGCUCAAAUUCGAAAUAUUUUCAAAAUCUACUAUUUUAAUAAAAUUUCUCAAAAAAAUGCAAUUAUUUAAAAAAAUAUAAA